AUGGGAAAUUAUAAAUCUAGACCAACCCAAACUUGCACUGAUGAAUGGAAGAAGAAAGUUAGUGAAUCGUAUGCUAUAAUCAUAGAACGAUUAGAAGAUGACCUGCAAAUCAAAGAAAAGGAGCUGGCGGAACUGAAGCAUGUUUUUAGCUCUGAUGAAGCCUUCUGCAAAGUCAAUUUAAAUUACCGCACAGAAAAUGGGCUCUCUCUUCUUCAUUUAUGUUGCAUAUGUGGGGGUAACAAAUCACAUAUUAGAACGCUUAUGCUAAAAGGACUGCGCCCAUCCAGAUUAACAAGAAAUGGAUUUACAGCUCUGCACUUGGCAGCUUAUAAGGACGACGCAGAACUGUUAACAGCGCUGCUGCAUGGUGGAGCUGACAUUCAGCAAGUCGGGUAUGGAGCUUUGACAGCCCUCCACAUUGCCACAAUCGCUGGUCAUCAUAAGGCUGUCGAUAUUCUUUUGCAGCAUGGAGCUUAUGUGAAUGUUCAGGAUGCAGUUUUUUUCACCCCAUUGCAUAUUGCUGCAUAUUAUGGCCAUGAACAGGUAACCCACCUCUUACUAAAGUUCGGAGCUGAUGUGAAUGCAAGUGGUGAAGUUGGAGACAGACCUCUCCAUUUGGCUUCUGCCAAAGGCUUUCUCAACAUUACGAAGCUCUUGAUGGAAGAGGGAAGCAAAGCUGAUGUGAAUGCUCAGGACAAUGAAGAUCACGUUCCUCUGCACUUCUGCUGUCGAUUUGGACACCAUGAAAUUGUGAAGUUCUUACUGCAGAGCAGCUUCGAAGUUCAGCCCCAUGUGGUGAAUAUCUAUGGAGACACACCUCUACAUCUUGCGUGUUACAACGGAAAGUUUGAAGUUGUCAAGGAAAUAAUUCAGCUCUCAGGAACAGAAAGUCUCACUAAAGAAAAUAUAUUCAGUGAAACGGCUUUCCACAGUGCUUGCACCUAUGGGAAGAACAUAGAACUUGUGAAAUUUCUUCUUGACCAGAACGUUGUAAGCAUCAAUCACCAGGGAAGAGAUGGACACACAGGAUUACAUUGUGCUUGUUACCAUGGUCAUAUUCGACUUGUACAGUUCUUACUGGAUAACGGAGCUGAUAUGAAUCUGGUAGCUUGUGAUCCCAGCAGGUCCAGUGGAGAAAAGGAUGAGCAGACCUGUUUGAUGUGGGCUUAUGAGAAAGGUCAUGAUGCCAUUGUGACCCUUCUGAAGCAUUAUAAGAGACCUCAAGAUGAAUCACCCUGUAAUGAAUACUCACAACCUGGAGGAGAUGGUUCCUAUGUGUCAGUUCCAUCCCCUCUAGGAAAGAUUAAAAGCAUGACUAAAGAAAAGGCAGAUGUUCUUCUCCUCCGUGCUGGUUUGCCAUCACAUUUCCAUCUUCAGCUCUCUGAAAUAGAGUUCCAUGAGAUUAUCGGCUCAGGGUCUUUUGGAAAAGUAUAUAAGGGACGAUGCAGAAAUAAAAUUGUUGCAAUCAAACGCUAUCGAGCCAAUACCUACUGCUCCAAAUCUGAUGUGGACAUGUUCUGCCGUGAAGUUUCCAUUCUCUGCCGACUGAAUCAUCCGUGUGUCAUCCAGUUUGUGGGAGCUUGCUUAGAUGACCCAAGUCAGUUUGCUAUAGUCACUCAGUAUAUUUCUGGAGGAUCGCUCUUCUCCCUGCUUCAUGAACAGAAGAGAACUCUUGAUCUGCAGUCUAAAUUAAUCAUUGCUGUAGAUGUGGCCAAAGGCAUGGAGUACCUCCACAAUCUCACACAACCAAUCAUACAUCGUGAUUUGAACAGUCACAAUAUUCUCCUGUAUGAGGAUGGUCAUGCAGUUGUGGCUGAUUUUGGAGAAUCUAGAUUUUUGCAAUCCCUGGAUGAAGACAAUAUGACAAAACAACCUGGGAACCUGCGCUGGAUGGCCCCUGAGGUGUUCACCCAGUGUACAAGGUACACCAUAAAAGCCGAUGUUUUCAGCUAUGCUUUGUGCCUCUGGGAGCUGUUAACAGGUGAAAUUCCAUUUGCUCACCUGAAACCAGCGGCGGCGGCGGCGGACAUGGCGUACCACCACAUCCGCCCGCCCAUCGGGUACUCCAUCCCCAAGCCCAUCUCCGCCCUGCUGAUGAGGGGCUGGAACGCCUGUCCCGAGGGGAGACCAGAGUUUUCAGAAGUAGUCACAAAAUUAGAAGAAUGCCUGUGCAAUAUUGAGUUAAUGUCUCCAGCCUCCAGCAACAGCAGCGGUUCUCUGUCUCCCUCCUCAUCUUCGGACUGUCUCGUUGCACGAGGAGGUCCUGGCCGUAGCCACGUUGCAGCGCUACGUAGUCGGUUUGAAUUGGAAUAUGCCUUGAAUGCACGAGCUUACGCUGUCUGGUCACAGAGCACUGGGCAACACCCUUCUCAGGGUCUGUCUUUGGAUGACAUGAGAAGAAACUUCCAGUACCCACCAAUUGACAAAAACGGCUACGUGUCGGAUCCCAUGAGUACCAUGAGGUUUCAUUCCUGCAGCGGCAGCGGCAGCUUUGAAGAAAGCAGCUGACAGCAUGAACCGUCCGCCUGCAGGGAGGCUCGCCGUCAACCAGCAGCAACAGUUCUCACCGUAUCAGCCGAACUCCCAGGCAUCGUGUGUUACCCUGAAGAUCCCUAAACUGAACAGCUUCGUUUGUUGAUGGCGAAUGUCCCUGUCAUAAGUUCUGCUCUAGCACCUUUCUCUGCUGACCUGCUUGAGGGUUGAGGUUUUUUGGUGGUGUGCAUCUAUUCUUUAACGAAGUGAAUGUCCACAAGGAAUGCUGCACUUUCAUCUUGAGCAUUAAUAAUUUCAAGAGAUGAAAGUAAAAACGCGUCUGUUAGAGUUUCAGAGCUCCAAGGCAAGAUGUUCUUAGCUUGGACUGCACUAAGGCAUGGGGUAUCAGCCCCUCCCUGACCGGGAGGUGCCAGGGAGCUGCCAGCCCAGUCCCCAUCAAGAGGAGCAGCAGCCUGUCGCUCCCCACCACCAUCCAGGCCACCGUGGAGGCAAAGUUGUUCCUGCUCCCAGCUUCUGAACCAGAUCUAGUUUCUUUUUUGAGUUCCCCGCAGUCCCAGACACGUGCCGUGUCUCAUUUUCAGCACCAUGGGCUCACGCAGGUCCCCAGCACAGCAGCGCCAUGGCUGCAGCUCUUCAGACCCCUGA